UGAUGAUGAAGUCGGUGGAUGUGGUGCAACUGGAGAUGGUGACACCAUGAUGCGCUUCCUCCCUUGUUACCAAGUUGUGGAGAGCAUGAGACAAGGAAUGAAACCAGAAGAAGCUGCUAAAGACGCAAUCUCGAGAAUCGCAAGGAAGUUUCCAGAUUUCGUGGGAGCCGUUGUGGCUGUUGACAAGAACGGGUCUCACUCAGGAGCUUGCCAUGGCUGGACGUUUCAGUACUCAGUCCAGAACCCUGACAUGGACGAUGUUCAAGUCUUCACAGUGCUUCCAUGAAACCAGUAAAUUAACUACUACUAAUCUUAUUGAAUUGUAGAAUUAGUAGUCUAUUUUGUUGGUAUAAAAUACACCACUACUUAAUCUUAUCGAGUGAGUUUCUUGAAACUAUGGGUCAUGGAUCAUAGGAUUGAAGGUUUCUAAAAGUGAUUGUAGUAACAACAAAGAAACGGCACGAAGUUCAUGUCUGGAAAUAUGGAAUGGCAAGCUCGUUUGGAAAA